UGUACAUGUUAAUUGUACCAGUAGCAUUUAUGCGACUAAACUGCUGGUUGAUAAUUCAAAAAUUAUUGUCAUAAGAGUACGUUACAGUAUUCCUUGCGAAGCGCAGUGGAAAGAUGAAGUGGUGGAUCGUCGGUUGGUUGGCGAUUGCAAUAUUGGUGGGUACGACUUUGAGUCAACAGGAAAAAGUUGGACCGCGUUGUAGGAAAUCUCCAAAUGUCAGACUUUUGAGCAAUAAAACUGCUAAUCUCAUACAAGCUAUAUCACAAACUGCAGCUGCUGGAUCCAAACAUAUUGCUAACAUAACAAAAGCUAUUGUCAAUCCGAUUUCAUCAGAGGCUGGAAGCAAACUUGAAAAAACAGGAAACAAAGUCGCAAGAGUCAUAGAGGUAGUUGGAAAUACAUCAGCAACAGUUGCAAAUAAUACCAUAGGAAUUGUCGAAGAUGCGGCAAAAAAAUUGGUUGAUUUUGCUUUGAGUGAUGAUGAAAUAAAGAAUAUUCAGGGAGAUUUUGCAAAACGAAUGGGCCUACGUACCCACAAAGAAGUGGACGCAGGAAAAUUCAGAGACCUCUUAGGAGACGUUUUCGAUUCUCAAACAAGGAUAUUAAGUUCUGAUAAAAACUACUGUGGUUUGUGCAAAUUACUUAUUAAAAAGAUUCAAAUUUUUGGAUUGCGUAUUAGCAAAGUAGCAGAAUUAAUAUGCAACAUCUACGUUUUGCUGACUACGUUGACUUUUAAUGGAUUUUGUAAACAAAUUAUAGAACUUAAUUUGCCUGUCCUAGAGUAUGUAGUCAACAACAGUAAAAUCUUAGAUCCAGAAUUAGCAUGUACCAUCCUUCUACAAACGCGAGAGUGUUACUAUCCUAAACCAGCACUUUCUUGGAUAACAGCUAUACCUGCAUCAAGACCUAUAUAUCCAAAGAUUACUAGACAUCCAAAUAAGAAACCUUUAAAAAUUCUUCACUUAACUGACCCACACAUUUCACUAGAUUAUGAACCAAACGGUGUAGUUAAAUGUGGCUUUCCGGUAUGUUGCAAGAAAGGGUUGGGAAAUAAAAUAAAAGGACAAAAUGCUGGAUAUUGGGGAGAAUACGAUUGUGAUGCUCCUCCUUGGCUAUAUGGCAAUACACUACAGCAUAUCAGAAGCGCUCAUAAAGACUUGGACUACAUUUAUUUUACUGGAGAUAUUAUCGACCAUACAGUCUGGAACACAUCAGUGCAAUCAAAUACGGUGCUAAUUAACCUCGCCUACAAAGCGUUAAAAGAUACUUUCCCAAUUCCAGUGUUUCCUGUAAUUGGAAAUCACGAAUCAACUCCACUAAAUAUAUAUGCUCCCGAUAAAGAGGACAUAAUUGCAAAAGGCCUUUCUACUAACUGGUUGUAUGAUCUAAUGGCGAAACUAUGGAGUACAUGGCUACCCGAGAGCGCACUGAAGACAGUUCGACGACAAGGUUACUACGCUUAUUCAGUUAACGCUAAAUUAAAGAUUAUUGGAUUAAACAAUAAUGUUUGCUAUAAUUUUAAUUGGUGGCUAUUAUUGGACACGGAAUAUCUACAUGAACAACUACAAUUUCUGAUUCUAGAAUUAGAAGAGUCAGAAAAGAAGGGACAAUUCGUACAUAUACUUGGUCAUGUAUCGGUCGGUAAUCAAGAAUGUAUAGAGCCAUGGGAGGUUAGCUACAAUGAAAUUGUUAGAAGAUACGCUCACAUUAUAAAAGGGCAGUUUGUUGGCCAUACCCAUACUGACGAAUUAAAAAUAUUCUAUGACGCGAAUAAGAAACCUAUUAACAUGGCUUUCAAUGGAGCAAGUUUAACACCGUACGUAAAGUACAAUCCAAAUUACAAAAUACUGACUGUUGAUCCGGUCACCAUGGAUAUCCUUGACAUUGACACAUAUUAUUUCAAUUUAACCGAAGCUAAUCUUCACCCAGAUACAAGUCCUGCAUGGCAAAAGUUAUAUUCUAUGAAAAAAGCCUACGAUCUACCAGAUCUAUCACCGAAAAGUUUUGAUGUACUGGCAGAUAAGCUCUUUAAUGAUACAGAUUUAGCGAAUUUAUACUUUGAGUACUACGUCAGGCGUGGUGAUGCAUCUCUUAAAGACGGCUGUGAUAAAAAUUGCCUUGAUGACAUUCGUUGCAAAGUUGUUACUACACAUUCUCUACAUCCUCAAAAACAACAAUGCCUUAACUAAUAUGUUUUAUUAAUUUAUUGUUAUUUUAAAAUUAGAAGAAUAAAAUUUAUUAUUAAGCAA